AUGCUACCCUGCCACGUGCCGAGUCCAAGGCAUCCAUCCAAGCGGAUGCUUGCCCCUCUCCUCCUCUUCCUCGCUGAGCUCGGCUGCAGCGCCCAACCCACUUACCAAUGGAAAGAUGCUGUGACCAGCGAGAAGCUCACCUGCCAGCAGUGCCCACCGGGGACCUUCGUGGCACGGCACUGCACCAGGGACAGGCAGACGGUCUGCGAGCCCUGCCCGGAUUUGCACUACACGCAGUACUGGAACUACCUGGAGAAGUGCCGGUACUGUAACGUCAUCUGCGAGGAGAAGCAGGUGGAGGUGCAGCAGUGCAAUUCCACCCACAACCGCGUCUGCCAGUGCCGGGAGGGCUACUACUCGGAGAUGGAGUUCUGCAUCAAGCACUCCGAGUGUCCGCCGGGCUCCGGCGUGGAGAAGCUGGGUACCCCCUUCGACAACACCCAGUGCCGUGCCUGCCCCCGCGGCUUCUUCUCCUCCUCCAACUCCAGCACCAAGCCGUGCCAGCCGCACCAGGACUGCGAGCAGCAGGGGAAGGAGACCAAUGUGCAGGGCAACCAGUACCACGACACCCUCUGCACCAGCUGCAGACUGGGGAGAAGCAGCAGCACGCAGGGACCAGCUCCAGGAGACGAAGACUGUGAGCAAGCCAUGAUAGACUUUGUGGCGUACCAGAACAUCCCCGUCAGAAAGCUGAAGCGCCUGCAGCAAAUCCUGGAGCGCUCGCCGAAGAAGCAGGCGCUGGGGACCAGGGCGGCCAUCCAGGAGAAGUUCAGGGCUUUCCUCACCCAACUCAAAGAGGGCCCCUACGAGGUCGCCAAGGAGCUGCUGGACGCGCUGCGAGCCGCCAAGCUGCACUCCAUCGAGGAGAAGGUCCGCGCGCGCUUCCUCCUGUACUGA